AUGGAUCCUUCAGAAAUAAAAAAGAAGAUCGAUCGCUUUCGAAUCCUCAUCAUAGGAAGAGCGAAUGCAGGGAAAACUACCAUCCUCCAGAGGGUGUGCAAUACAAAGGAGAAUCCAGAUAUAUACAAUAGUGCUGGGGAAAAGAUCGAUGCCGCUGUUUUGAUUGCAUCCAGAGAGCGCGGAGAGCACAACAUCGAGAACGAAAUGGUGUUUCCAAAGAAUCCAGGCUUCAUCUUCCACGAUUCACGCGGGUUUGAAUCAGGCGGUGAAUCCGAGUACGACGAGGUGAACAAAUUUAUCGCAGACCGUUCGAAGGAAGGAAACAUGAAGGAUCGUAUUCACACAAUAUGGUAUUGCAUACCUAUGGAUCAGGCAAGCAGGUGUUUCACUGAAGCCGAAACCAAAUUCUUCUCCCGCUGCGACACCGGAAGCAUUCCAGUCAUCAUGAUAUUUACCAAAUUCGAUGCACUCUACGCCACUGAAUUCACACGACUGACAGAAAGCAGAAUGUCGAGGAAAGAUGCCAAACAACUGGCCCCAAAACAUGCCAAAGAGACUUUUGAGAACGGGCCACAAGUCAAGUUUCUAUACGACCCAAAGACCAUCCGACGGCCUCCAAAAUGUCAUGUCUGCCUGCCUAACAUGAAUAAGGAUGAUGCCGAUUGCGGGCCACUCAUCGAACGGACCGCUGAAACUCUGGACAAUGGAGUCCUUCAGCAAUUGUUCGUCUCGACGCAGCGGACCAACUUGGAACUCUGCAUGAAAUAUGCAGUUGAGGAGCCUGAGUAUCUACCCAUCAUUUGCCUGCCAUGA